AGUUGACAGCCUUACAAACAUAGCCGUAAUGCAUUUUUUUUCCUUUCCUGGAAAAAAAGGAAAAUUCCCGUUAUUACUCAGUCCGGACUCCGGCGAGGCAUAGGAGUAGCUGUCCAAGGUCAUGCGGGAAGAGAAGGGGACGUAGCUCAGAGACUUCUAGUUCGCACCGGCAGAGUAUAUCUUCCACCUAAUAGGGUUUUGGUGUGCGGUUAAAGUGGCGUGAAAAUCAGGAAGGUUUUGGUAGAUGCGGUGUUCCGUAACAAUCCAUGGGAAUACCGAAGCUCUGUAUCGAGCUCCGCCGAUUUCGAUCCCUUUCUUCUUCGUUUUCUCUCUCUAACUUGCUUUACCUUCAAAACCCUAAUUAUCUCUUAUCCUCUCCUUCGUAUAUCGGCAAUAGAUACUCAAUCUUCAGAGACACAACCAAUUCAAGUGCGAAUUCUUCACCCCCAUACUGGGAUCAUACCUCGUUUAGAUCAUUCUCGUCUAAUCCAUUAACCAGUAGCUCUGGUAAUGAAAGUGGUACCGAUGGAGAUUUGGGAAAUGAGUUGAAAUCGUUGACUCUGGAUUUUAGUGGUUCUGGAGUUGCGGAUGGAGUGGUUGAUGUGGAUGGAUUGUUUCCUCCAGUUCGUGUCGUUAUCUCGUUGCUUGAUGGAUACCAUGAACUCACGGGUCUUCCUUGGUGGGUGAUAAUUGCGUCCUCUACCUUGGCCCUUAGACUGGCAAUACUCCCUUUGCUUAUUGUGCAACUUACGAAGUUGAAAAAGAUCUCUGAGUUAUUUCCUAAAUUGCCUCCUCCUGUUCCUCCACCUUUCUCAGGAAAGAGUUACAUAGAACAGUAUUUGCGUUUUCGGAAGGAAAAACAAGCACUCGGGUGCCCCUCAUUUUUAUGGUCCUUUGCAUCCUUUGCUAUUCAGGUGCCAUGCUUUCUCUUGUGGAUGACAAGUAUACGGAGGAUGUCGUUGGACCAUUACCCUGGGUUUGAUACUGGCGGCACAUUAUGGUUCCAGAAUUUGACUGAACAGCCACAUGGUCUUUUGGGCCCUAUCUUUCCUGUACUGAUUGCCGGUCUGCAUUUCAUCAAUGUUCAGAUUUCUUUCCAAACAUCUACCAUGGGACAACUGCCUGGCUUGUUUAGCAUAUUAGCCAAGUACUACAAGCUCUACUUGGAUGUUCUGACACUGCCAUUAUUAGUGAUUGGGUUCUACAUUCCUCAGGGGAGUUUAAUCUAUUGGGUGACUAAUAGUUCACUAACUAUCAUUCAGCAACUUUCUCUUAAGCAUCCUGCAAUUCGUACAAAGUUGGGGCUGCCUGACAAAAAUGUUCCGGCAAAGAGUGAAAUCUCAGGAAAAUUUGAUACACCUGAAGGAAGUUCAUUGGUUUCAAUGGGGAAAAAAAAAAUAUCUGUUCAAAGGCUAUCACCUGAUGAACUGCUUGCUCUUUCCGUCCAAAUUUUAGCAAAAGGACAAAAAGAUAAAGCAAUUCCAUUGCUACGACUUGCUCUUGAGAAGGAUCCUGAAUAUAUGAGAGCUUUGGUUGUUUUGGGGCAGACUCUCUUUCAGAAAGGGAUGUUGACAGAGGCUAUUGAACAUUUAGAGCGUGCUAUUUCCAAGCUCUCUCUUGUCAGCCAUCCAACAAAUGAGCAGGUUGAUCUUUUGAUCCUUGCUUCUCAAUGGGCUGGUGUAUCAUAUAUAAGUCAGGAGAGAACGACAGAGGGGAGAGAACAUCUAGAGAGGAUAGUCCAAUUCAAGGAGCCUGAGGAUCCUAAGGGGAAAGCCCACUAUUUUGAUGGUUUGCUAUUGCUAGCAAGUGCUUUGUAUCGAGAAGGACGAAAUAUAGAAGCAGAAAAAUAUCUGCGGAUGGCUGUUGCUUAUAAUCCUGCUAAUAGUGUAUACCUCGAAGAAUGGGAAAGGGAUGAAGAUUACCCCAUCAACCUGCAGCAGAAAGAUCACUAACGAGUACUAUUCUGCUUACAAACUUGGUAUUCUGCUCAAGAGAAGGGGAUAUCAAUCAACAUUCAGCUAUCAUGUUGUCAUGAUCCUAAAAUUGUUGGCAUCAUUGAUCCCGUCCACUACCAUAGCAGUACAACUACAAAUUUUUCAAUUUUACAUGGAAAGAAUAAGUUUCACUAGUAGAAAGGUUUAAAGUGGUGCGGACGAUUUCUCUUUUUUUUUUUUUUUUUGGUAGAAGUGGACGAUUUCUCUUUCAAUAUUAUUUAUUCAUGUAAAUGUGGCCAUAAAUGUUACUCAAUUAUUUGUUAUUUCCAUUAUGGAUUGUGUUUUAAUAAUCAAUUAUGAUCAUAAUCAGUUUUUCUGUUGAUCAAGAUCAUUGCUACACUUCAAAGGCAAAUAAUGGAGUCUUGAGCUUUAUUCA